AUGCUACGGAGAAUCGCGUCGUCUGCGGCCAGAGGCCCCAGCCCAGGCGCUCGCCGUCGCAGACCACUCCAAUGUCUUCUUGUGGGGCUCCGUGACCCCCGCGCCGACACAACCGACCUCUUUUGUCUGAGCACUGCACAGGACCGUGAUUUUCCCUUGAGAAACUCUUUUGUGGGGGCUGCCUUGAAGCGGCGGGCCCUCAAACUUCUUCUGCGUAAAUAUCCCACUUGGCCCGACUUCCCACUGCCUCGCCAUUCAAACACAGCCAGCGAGUGCUGGGGUGUACAGACACCAGGAUCCCUGCCCUGCAUGGAUCCCCGGACUCUGACACAGCUGUCUCCGACCGCCAGAGACGUACUAGAGCCCGAAAUCCCCGCGGCCGAGGCUGCAGCCUCCCGAGCUGCGGCCCUCCGACGCAUGCAGCGCUCCCGCGCUGCAGUUUCGGCGCAGACACACGGGGGUUCGCAUGCCGCAGGUUAUUUUCUGCAGUGUGUUUCGCUCUUUUCAAGCUUGUCUGGUCACGCCGCGCACGCAGGGCCUUGCCGUGUGGGCUCGAAAGGGCACGAGAGGUAUGUGCAUCUGAAAUAUGUGGAGUCUCAUUCUGCGCUGUCGAUUCAGGAGUGGACUACGAGUGAACAGGUGACCAGGAACAGGAUGCAAGAGCAAGAGCAGGAGAAGCUUCUUGAGGAGGCCUCUGCGGUCGUCCGAGAGCAAGGAUGUUAUAUGAAGAGAGCUAUUGACAGCGACAAUCUCCGAGACGCUUUGAAACAUGCGUCCAACUUUGUGAGCGAACUGCGAACUUCGCUUUUAUCUCCCAAGCAUUACUACGAACUCUAUAUGCUGGUGUUUCAAGAGCUGCAGCACCUGCUGGGGUUUUUCACAGACAAAUCCCGGCACGGGAGGCGCUUGGCGGAUCUGUACGAGACUGUACAGCAUGCAGGCAACAUUGUGCCUCGGCUGUAUUUGCUGGUUACAGUGGGUGUUGCGUUUAUCAAGUCGAAGGAAGCGCCUGCAGCAGACAUUCUUAGGGACCUGACUGAGCUCUGCAAGGGCGUGCAGCACCCCAUGAGGGGCCUUUUCCUCAGGUUCUACCUCACACAACUCUGCAGAAAUGUUCUACCGGACAAAGGCUCAGAGUAUGAGCAGUAA